AUGGCGGACCUACGUAAAAAUUCUCGGGCUUUUGUAACUGAAUUUAUAGAAUUAUACCGGGAAUUACCUUCAUUAUGGAUGGUUAAGAGUAAAGAUUACUCAAACAGAGAUUUAAAGUCACAAAGCUAUGAGAUAUUAGUGGGAAAAUUUAAGGAGGUGGAGCCAAACGCUGAUCGAGAUUUUGUGAUAAAAAAAAUUAAAAAUAUGAGGGAUGUUUGGCGAAGACAACACGAAAAGAUUGAAAAAAGCUUGAAAUCCGGAAUGGCUGUGGAAGAUAUUCCUACUCCAUCAUUAUGGUAUUAUGAUUUACUCAACUUCUUGAAAGAUCAAGAGACGACUAGAAGUUCAAUAACUAACAUUAAAAUAGGAAACAAAGAUCGGGUAUAA